GUAUUCCUUCCUGAUGAGUGGGCAGGUGAAGAAUGCAUUUCCGCCAUUGUUGAUUGAUUGCGCUCUUCUUCGCUUCGAAGCCAAGCUCCCAAUCCUCUGCUCGUUGCCAAUCAAUUCUGUUUUUGUUUUUUUUACCCUAGCAGCAGGUGGUGGAAUUUUUCGAAAUUGAAGAAAGAUUAGGUUCCAAGUCAAAAGCAAAAUCUGGAAUUUCAAUCCUCUCCUCUAUCUAUUUAAGCCCUACAUCAUAAUUUACUGCCUUAUCCAUAACAGUAUGGGAAGAAGAGGAGACAAUCAUUUGAUGUUGUUAUUCUGCUCGGCUAUCGUCGUCUUCAUCAGCUGUUUCCCUCAGUUGGCUUGUUCUGCUCCUCAGGAAGCUCUUAUCACUGCUCUCCCUGGCUUCAAUGGCAGUUUCCCGUCCAAACACUAUGCUGGGUAUGUGACGGUUAACGAGACGUAUGGGAAGAAAUUAUAUUACUACUUUGUUGAAUCGGAGAGGGAUCCAUCGAAGGAUCCUGUGGUUCUGUGGCUCAAUGGCGGCCCUGGCUGCUCCAGCUUCGAUGCAUUUGUUUACGAGCACGGUCCUUUCAAUUUCAAGGCCGGAAAGCCUCUUCCGACGCUCCAUGUAAAUCCAUACAGUUGGUCCAAGGUGUCGAGCAUCAUAUAUCUCGACUCCCCGUCGGGAGUUGGUUUUUCAUACUCGGGGAAUGAAUCUGACUACAAAACUGGAGACUAUCUGACUGCUUUGGAUACUCAUACAUUUUUGCUGAAGUGGUUCGAGCUCUACAACGAAUAUCAGUCUAAUCCAUUCUUUAUAUCCGGAGAGUCAUUCGCUGGCGUGUAUGUGCCCACACUGGCUUAUGAAGUUGUCAAAGGGAUCGACGCUGCUGUCAAGCCAGUUCUCAAUUUUAAGGGAUAUAUGGUAGGGAAUGGAGUCACCGAUGAGUUUGUCGAUGGCAACGCGUUGGUACCGUUUGUCCACGGCAUGGGUCUUAUAUCCGAUGAAAUUUUUGAGACAACUCAGAAGGAAUGCAACGGCAACUACUACAACACGAAGAGCGAAAACUGUCAAGGCAUGCUUGGUAAAGUCGAUCAACUCAUCGCGGAUGUGAACAUAUACAACAUCCUCGAGCCAUGCUACCACGGUCCGGGAACUAAACUCCAAACCGCGAGCAUGAAUUUGCCCCCGAGCUUUCGAUUGCUAGGCGAAACGGAUAGACCUUUGCCAGUUAGAAAACGAAUGUUUGGCCGAGCUUGGCCACUCCGAGCUCCCGUAAGAGACGGAUACGUCCCAACUUGGCCCGAGCUGUUAAAUAGCGAGUCAGUCCCGUGCACUAACGACGAAGUUGCAAGCACAUGGCUGAAUGAUGAAGGCGUUAGGAAAGCGAUCCACGCUGCAAGUGGAGAUGUAUCUGGUUCGUGGGAUCUAUGCACGUCCCGGAUUACAUAUUAUCACGACGCCGGCAGCAUGAUUAAGUAUCAUCGGAACCUCACCUUGCGAGGCUAUCGUGCCAUCAUAUUCAGUGGUGAUCACGACAUGUGUGUACCUUACACCGGGAGCGAAGCUUGGACAAGAUCGAUGGGUUAUAAAACCGUGGACGGAUGGAGGCCGUGGAAAACGAACAACCAAGUCGCCGGGUAUUUGCAAGAAUACGAGAAUAAUCUCAUCUUUCUUACCGUAAAGGGAUCGGGACACACAGUGCCGGAAUACAAACCGGCGGAGGCAUUGGCAUUCUACUCGCGUUGGCUAGAAGGUCGCCGUAUUUGAUGUAUAUUAUUCGGUUAUGCUAAUAUAUAAGAUAAGAUAAGAUAAAAAGAUAAAAUAUGUUGAUAUUUUUAUUGCUGUAAGCAAUAAAACGUGACAUAACAUAGCAUGUGUUUUAUGGUCAAAUGAAUGAAUGUAUCACUAUGUGACAACAGAUAUUGAUUGAGCAUUAUUUUUAUUUUGCAAUUAUCAAAUGGGACGUCAUAAUGUGUUGA